AUGCCUCUCGUCAAGCGGUGGCACGUUCCGCGCGGGCUGAGGCCGACGCUGACCGGCCGCAAGGUGCGUACGACGCUGAUGAGCCGCGUCGAGCGCCAGCAGCGCGGCAACGUCGCGCCUCGGCCGCUCUGGUUUGACGCGGCGCUCGCGCACCCGCCUCCGCCAAAGUUCCAGCUGGACCGGCCUCCCGACCUGGCCUUCCCGGAGGACGAGCUGCGUCGCGAGUGGCUGCGCCGCAAUCCGGCGGCGACGAUGGUGCCCAAGGCCCUCUUCCUCGAGGAGGCAUCCGUCCCGGACGAGCUGCGCCGCCACCCGGCCGACGCGUUUGUCGAGCGGCAGAUGGAGCUGAUCGAGGAGGGGACGGCGCCCGAGGAGGCGUACCGGAUCGUGGCGGCGGAGCAGGAGCGCGAGGGCGACGCUCUGCGCGCGUCGCUCGCAGCGCGCACGCGCCGUGCACUCGACCGCUCAACGGCCGACGCUGCCGGCGGCGUCGCCAACGGCGCCGACGACGCGGUGCUGUCUAUGCUUGGCGAGGAGGGUGGUGGCGGCAAGGGCGGCGGGGGGGACGCCACGGGGGGGAGAGGCGGAGGGCGGCGCGGCGGGCGCGGCGGGGCGUGA